AUGGCCGACAGCCUCGAUAACAAGGUCCCGCACUCGGACCCUGCGUUGGACCCUGCCCACCAACACACCCACCACCACCACAACCACGCUCCCAGUGCUCAGGCCCCCGAGGGAGACGUUGUCUACACCACCGGCACCACCGUCGACCCGUCCAACGUGCCCACCCAGCAUCACCAUGUCGGGGACCACUCGCCCGCAUUGUCGGAAAAGGCUGGCGCCUACGACGACGCUGCCAAGGCCGAGGCUGGCGGCGCGAUCCAGAGCCGCGAGGCCUCGCAGGAAUCCGUCCCUCUGCCCUUCUACAAGAAGGGCGUGGCGGGGGCCGUCUACCGCCACCGUCGGCCCAUCAUCCACUUUCUCAUCUUCGGCCUCUUCACCGGCUGGUGGAUAGCCAGCCUCAUCCUCCACCGCAACGACAAGAACUGGGUCGUCCCCUUCCUGCUCUGGCUGGCCAUCCAGCUCCGCCUGCUCUUCUUCUACGUCCCCAUCCGCUACGUCACCCAGGUCAUCCUCUUCGUCUGGUCCAACACGGCCGUGCGCAUCUACGAUGUCAUCCCCGCCAAAUUCCGCUCCCUGGCCGGCGGUCUGCUCACCGCCGCCGUCAUGAUCGUCGGCUCCUUCGUCACCAAGGAGGACGCCGACAACACGCGCGAGAACCGCGCCGUCAGCCUGUUCGGCAUGUCCUUCAUCAUCUUCUUCUUCUGGGCCACCAGCCGCCACCGUCGCCAGGUCAACUUCCGCACCGUCUGGGGCGGCAUGCUGACCCAGUACAUCAUCGGCCUCUUCGUCCUGCGCACCAAGGUCGGCUACGACAUCUUCAAGUUCAUCGCCGACCGCGCCGAGGACCUGCUAGGCUUCGCCAAGGACGGCGUCACCUUCCUCACCAACGAGGACGUUGCCGCCCUGCCCAUGUUCUUCUUCAGCGUCAUCCCCGCCAUCAUCUUCUUCAUCUCCCUCGUCCAGGUCCUCUACUUCAUCGGCUUCCUGCAGUGGUUCAUCGUCAAGUUUGCCACCUUUGUCUUCUGGGCUCUGGGCGUCUCGGGCGCCGAGGCCGUCGUCGCCGCUGCCACCCCCUUCAUCGGCCAGGGCGAGUCGGCCAUGCUGGUCCGUCCCUUUGUCGCCCACAUGACCAAGGCCGAGAUCCAUCAGAUCCUGACCUGCGGCUUCGCCACCAUCUCGGGCUCCGUCCUCAUCGGAUACAUCAACCUCGGCCUCAACGCCCAGGCCCUGGUGUCGUCGUGCAUCAUGUCCAUCCCCGCCUCCAUCGCCAUGUCCAAGCUGCGCUACCCUGAGACGGAGGAGACCCUGACGGCCGGCCGCGUAGUCAUACCCGACGACGACGAGCACAAGGCCGAGAAUGCCCUGCACGCCUUCGCCGGCGGUGCCGUCCUGGGUAUCAGGAUAGCCGGGACCAUCAUCGCCUCGAUCCUCUGCAUCCUCGCAGCCGUCGGUCUCGUCAACGGCUUGCUCACCUGGUGGGGACGCUACCUGGACAUCAACGACCCGAAGCUCACCCUCCAGACCAUCUUUGGAUACAUGUUCUAUCCCAUCGCCUUCCUGCUGGGCGUUCCCCGGAACCAGGAUCUGCUCAAGGUGUCUCGCCUGAUCGCCGAGAAGGUUGUCACGAACGAAUACAGCGCCUUCACGCUCCUCGCCACCGACCCGGAAUACUCCAACAUGUCACCCCGAUCCCAGCUCAUCGCCACCUACGCCGUCUGCGGCUUCGGAAACAUCGGCUCCCUGGGUAUCCAGAUCGGCAUCCUGGGUCAGCUGGCUCCCUCGCGCAGCGGCGACGUUUCGAGGCUCGUCGUCUCGGCCCUGGCUACCGGCGUCAUGUCGACCCUCACGUCGGCCAACGUGGCUGGACUGGUCAUCAGUGAUGAAGUGUCGUCUUUUACCAGUACUUCUGUGUCGUCUUGA